AUGAACCGUAGGAACGUAUUUGACUCUGACGGUACAAUGGAUGAAAGUGCAGAUAGCAUUAGUUUUCUGGGGAAGGCACAAGUGACGUCUUGUUUGGGAUCAAGACCGAUGACUGAACCAUUGUCCAAUAAAGGCACUUACCUAACAGUAUCCGUAGCAGAUUUACACAAUCCUUAUCUUAGCUAUCCAACAGUUAGAACCAGUAGCUCUGGGAGGGCUUGCCGUGGCGAAUGUAUUCUUAUAAACCAAAGAGAUUUUCAUCCCUCGACCAAUCAAACACGACGUGAUGGUACAGAUAUCGACGCUGAUCGUGUUGAAAGAGUAUUCAAAAGUUUGAACUACCGAGUAACACGUAUACUCAAUGUUACAAAAAGUGUACUUCAUCAGACGCUUGUAGAAGCUUCUCAAAUGGAUCAUUCAGCCUAUGAUAGUUUCGUUUUUGUCAUGUUGAGUCAUGGUGACAACAAUGUUGUUUAUGCCACAGAUGGUGAAGUUUUAACUAAUUACAUCAUGGCGUUUUUCCGUGGAGAUCGUUGUUCUUCUCUGAUUGGAAAACCUAAACUGUUCUUCUUUCAAGCUUGUCGAGGUGCAGCUUUCGAUAAAGGAGUUUCUACUAUGGUGACGGAUGCCAGUGGAGACUUGAUAGUACACAAAUUGCCAAUAGAAGCGGAUAUACUAGUCGCAUAUUCCACAGUCCCAGGAUUUUUUGCCUGGCGUAAUUCGUCAAUGGGUAGUUGGUUUAUUCAAGAAUUGUGUAAUGUUCUUGAAUCGGACAUGAAAAGAGUGAAUCAUUCAGAUAUCAUGACACUGCUUGCAGUUGUUGCACGUGUAGUAGCCUAUCAGUAUCGAUCAAAUACAGGUAUGGUAGAGACAGACAAUAUGAAACAAAUGACCAGUACUGUAAGCACCUUAACUCGCCUAUUUUAUAUAACUGGACCACCACCCUAG